UAUAUGGAAAGCAAAAGCAGAAAAAGUGCUCUUAUGCACAAAUGGUCUAUUUGGACAGUGCUAAUGCCUUACUACUCGAAUGCAUUUGAGUCCUAUCUCCUCUUGAACCAAUUUGAUAAGACCUCGAGGAAGGAGCUUAUGAAGAACUUUAGAGCUUUCAGAAAUUCAAUGAGCAAUUACAGAAAAGAUAUUUAUUUGGAAGAUGAAAUUAAUGUUGUCAGUGUUGAAGAGAAACUACAAAAGGCAAAGAAGCACCCUCUUAUGUUAGUGAGGAUCAACAUUCCAUGGAUUUAUAGAAUCUCCACUCUUGAAGCUCUUCAUGAAUUUGAAGAAUGGUUUGAAGGUGUUGAGGAGAUAGGCCCAGAUCCUUACACCGAAGAUUUCCAAAAGGUCGACCAUAGUUUCCUCUCCACAAAUUACCAGUUUGGCAGACUCACUGUAGACUUUGAAGUAUUGCAUGAUGCAUUUGUGAAUCAUAAGAGCAGUGUUGGAAUUUUUAAGGCUAAAUCUAUUAUUCCAAAUCAUAUUCAUGUUGAGAAUGAGUAUUUUAAGAAAUGUAUCUCUGAAAUUUCUGUAAAUUACAACCAAGAAGACAAUGAUGAAGAUAGUGACAAUGCUCCAUCUGUUCAAGUGAACUUGAGAAUCAAAGCUUGGGGCCCAUAUCCAUGAAGAACAAUAAAUAUUACAGAUAAAUUGCUCAUUGAGCUCUUUACAUAUGUAAAUUCAAUUAAUUGCGAUAAUCGCUGCUUUAACUUUGGAAAUCAAUGUCGUUUUGUGAACAAGUUAAUGACAAAAGCAAAAGUUAAAAUAGAGAAUCAUCAAGUAAAGCUCUUACAAAAAACAUCUCUUGCGAAUCCAAAACUGUUUGAUAGUGUGACCGAGUUGAUCCUUGAGGAUGGUAUUGCUUACUUUGAAAGUCUCCAAUUUCUAAAAUGUAAAACUUUAAAAAUAGAGAAAGGGAGAUGGCACCAAAAAGACUUCACAGAUAAAGAUAUGGAAAUUUUGUGGAAUGCUCCUGUACCAAAUAUCUUUAUUACCAAUAAUAUUCCUCAAGACACCCUUGUUUACAGUCUUGAAUUCAGAUUUACCAAGUUUCUGUUAAAGUCUUUCAAGCUGAAAAUGGGAUAUGAGUACCAAGCCAGGAGAGUAAAAGUAUCCAUGAAGGUUGGUGAUGAAGCGAGCCUUAGUCAGGAUGGAAAAUAUUUUUAACAUCACUGAUUUCUACUCCUUUGAGAUAGAAGAUGCUCACAGAAGAGUGAUUGAUGAGUCUGAAGGGGCAAGCUUACUUUUUGCUCAAUAUGACUCUUCAUUUGUUAACGAAUCUAAAGAUUAUGCCAUUGUUAUUCCAAAAGCAAACUUGUACUCAUAUAGUCAGUCUUUUAACUGUAAAUUGCUGUUAGAAGAUCAGUCUGAAUAUGUAGAGCAGAUAGAACUUUGUCAAAGAGCUGUCUACCCUCUAAUAGAGAUUGAUCUCCCCUCUUUUGAUUGUGAGGAUCUCCAAGAAAUAAUUGAAUUUUAUCCAGAAAGAACAUUGUAUAAGCUUAUAUGAUCAGAGAUAGAUGAAUGUAGUUGUUACAUUUCUAAGCUGACUUUAUUCAAAAAUUCCAAUGUAUCUCAACUAAUUGAUCAUUACUCAGCAUGUGCUUUUGAUUGCGACCAAGAAGGACUUCAGAUGUUUCAGGAAGCUAUUGAACAUAAAUGGAAAGAUACUUUAACUACUUUUGAAGUGUCUCUAGAAUCUAAAGACUUGGUGGUACCUCUUCUAUCAAUCCUUGAGAAGUGCAGAUACAAUCUUACCAAUCUCCAGAUUAAGUACAUGAUUGAGGACUACUUUAUAAAAGAAUCAGAAGAAGUACAAGAAUGGCUAGAAUCUCAUAAAUGGUUUGUCGACCAUCUCAAAAUUUUCAAGAGAAUUCCUGUUGAGAUGUAUUAGAUUCUCUUUUAAAAAGCAGCAAUGUAGUGUG